UCGGCUAGCUAGCCUGUGGCUACUUUCGGCUUAGUCAUCCGCGUCCGGGUUUGCGGCAAAACCGAAAGUGUUUUGGGAGACGCGCCCUGCGAUGUCCAGCUUACCAAACCUGAGUGCCCUCGAGCUUCGGAUACUCGAACGGUCACGCCGGCAAAACUUCUGUUCGUAUGACAGCACGCCGGAGAGUCAACACGACACGAUGCCAUCCGCGGAGUCGUCGACGGAGGACGAAUUGCCUCCAUCGCCGUCGCCUGACCGCGUUGGGAACAGUCUUUGGUGUACUUGCGGCAAAUGUGUACCGAUGCCGACAGCAGAGGAAUGCCUUUGUUGCCGCGAAGUGAACGAGGCGGUACAGAAGCAACGCAGCGGUUGCAUAACAAGAAAUGAGUAUUUUGAGAUACUGUGCCUGGACACUGAGGUGCUCCAGGUGUCCUACUGCUAUGUGAGAGAAAGCGACGACUACGCCGUUAUCCGGAACAGCGAAGUAAACAAGAAGUUUAGGUACGUCGCCUACAGGCAGUUGACCAGGUGGCUCUGGGGACCGUUAGGAAAACACUGCAGGAAGGUCCUCCCAGCAUGUGCUGUACAUGCCAUAAGGGACAAUUUUCCUUCCGAACUGUACAAAGGCUUUCGCCUUCCUGAUGUGUGA